AUGAUCGGGUCGUGCCUGUGCUACCUGCUGCUGCCCGCGGCGCGCCUGUGCCGCGUCCUCUCAGAUGCUUUCUUCACAUGUCGGAAAAAUGCUCUCCUGGCAAAGAGCUCGUCCCCCCAGGUGGAGGGCGGCUUUGCCAUGGCCCCUCGGGGUCUAGACCAGGAGGAACGGGAAGGCCUGCUGCAUCAGUGGCGAGAGGAAGGGGCCAGCAGACUGCCCCCGUCUGUCAGUGAGGGGCCUCCACUAGAGAAGGGGCUGGCCUCAGGCAGCUUGGCUCUCUUGAUGGCAAGCCCUGAAGAGCAGCGUGAUGCUGCUUCAGAGGACAAGUGGUCCAACGUUCAGCUGAGUGACUUGCGGGCUACGGAGACCCUGGAGGAGCCCUUCUCCGAUAUGUCUGGGAUCCCAGGAGAGGAGCAGCUGGAAGGCGUGGAUGGCACAGUGUGGACUGCUGUCCCGAUGCAGGCAGGACCCCAGUUUGCAGAUUGCGCUGUCCUGCCUGUGGGUACGCUUGCCACAGAGCGAUGGGAAGAGGACCCUGCAGUAGUGGCUUGGAGCAUAGCCCCAGAGUCAGGGCCAGAGGAGGAGGCACCAGUUUGGCCCUUUGAGGGUCUCGGUCAAUUGCAGCCUCCUCCAGUUGAAAUACCUUAUCAUGAAAUCUUGUGGCGAGAAUGGGAGGAUCUCUCUAUCCAACCAGAUUCUCAGGGCCUGGACUCAGGGGAGGCUCCUCAGUUCCAGUUUACUGUCAUGUCAUAUAAUAUCCUGGCCCAGGACCUGGUACAACAGAGCUCGGAGCUCUACCUGCACUGCCAUCCAGACAUUCUGAAUUGGAACUAUCGAUUCUCCAACCUUGUGCAGGAAUUCCAGCACUGGGACCCUGAUAUUCUUUGUCUCCAGGAGGUUCAGGAAGACCACUACUGGGAACAAUUAGAGCCAACUCUGCGGAUGAUGGGCUUUACUUGUUUCUACAAGAGGAGGACUGGGUGUAAGACGGAUGGCUGUGCUGUCUGCUACAAGCAUACCCGGUUCCGACUGCUCUGUGCCAGUCCUGUAGAGUACUUCCGGCCUGGCCUGGAGCUCCUUAAUCGGGAUAAUGUGGGAUUGGUUUUGCUGCUACAGCCGCUGGUCCCAGAGAGCUUGGGGCAGAUAACUGUGGGUCCUCUGUGUGUGGCCAACACACAUGUGCUGUACAACCCCCGCAGGGGUGAUGUCAAGCUGGCUCAGGUGGCCAUCCUCCUGGCUGAAGUGGAUAAGGUGGCAAGGUUGGCAGAUGGCAGUUACUGCCCCAUCAUCUUGUGCGGGGACUUGAACUCAGUCCCUGACUCACCUCUCUACAACUUCAUCAGGAGUGGACAGCUCCAGUACCAGGGCAUGCCAGCUUGGAAGGUAUCUGGGCAAGAAGACUUCUCCCAUCAGCUUUACCAGAGGAAGCUGCUGACCCCACUGUGGCCUAGCUCCUUGGGCAUCACUGACAGCUGUCAGUACAUUACUCCCUGUCACCCCAAGAGAUCAGAGAGACGCAAGUAUGGCCGGGAUUUCUUGCUGCGUUUCCGUUUCUGUGACAUUGCCUGCCAGCGGCCAGUGGGGCUGGUCCUGAUUGAAGGAGUGACAGAUGCUAGACCAGAGCGUCCUGUUGGCUGGUCCCAGUCUGUCCCUGAAGCGGACCCACCCAAUCCGGAACCCUUCUUCCCCAGGGCUUCAGGUACUAUCCAGCACAGCCUCAACCUGACCUCAGUUUAUAGCCACUUCCUACCCCAGCAAGGCCGCCCAGAGGUCACCACAAUGCCCCUGGGCCUUGGAGCAACAGUGGAUUACAUUUUCUUCUCUGCUGAACCCUGCGAAAAUGGACACAGAGCAAGUCGAAGGCUAUACCGGGACGGAGCCCUCAAGCUGCUUGGCCGUCUCUCCCUCCUCUCUGAAGAUGUCCUUUGGGCUGCCAAUGGCUUACCCAACCCCUUCUGUUCUUCAGACCACCUCUGCCUGUUGGCCAGCUUUGGGAUGGAGGUCACCGCCCCAUGAUGGGGCUCUUAGGGGAUGGGGGGCUUCUCCUCCAGAAGAGCUCAUUGGAUCAGAGACUGUGGAAAUCCCAAGCUUCUGGAAACUUACACCCAAGGAAUUUCCCUCCCUCGCCCCUCCUUUCACCCUCCCCUUCUCCUUCUUGGUUGGAUUUCCUCUCUCCCUUUCCCCCACCCAUUAUGCCCCUGCUCCCGCCCCAACCUCUUCCUAAUCCUGUGCCUCACACGCAGUGGCCCUGGGAGAGGCAGGAGGGGGGCUCCCCUUCCUCCCAUGUAUCCAGCGCCUCCCCCUUGAUUUUUAAUUACCAGGGUUGCGGGAGUUUUUGAUCUCAUUGGUUAUUUGCUUUCAGGCUGCAGCUUGUUGAAGCCCCAUAAGCAGCCACUGCUGCCUGCAAUCUCCCCUCCUGUCAAGCAGAUUGCCCACCAGCCCCCCUGCCCCCUGUCCAUCUGGUCUAGCCUCUUAUACAGCUACUGUAUAUAAUGUAUAGUUUUUUUUUCCCUUGGUGUUCUGAUAAGCUGCAGGAGCGAGUGCAGCAUUGAUUGCCCCUCCUAGGGUGGGUAGAGCAUGAGCAGGUGAAGUUAGUAGACUUCUAAGUGACCUGCUGGCCGUAGAGCCCCCCUCUCUCCCUGCCCCCUCUUCCGUGCCCCUCUCCCCAGCUACCUUAUGUGUAGGUUGCCACAGAAUUGGGUUCAUCCAGCUUGGCCCUUGUGAACAGAGUGGACUCCUCAGCCUGGAUCAUCGAGAUCAAGAGGGCCUGGUGAUCCAAGAUCAUCUGACUUGCCUCACUCCACAGCCCCCACUCCUGAAGCUGAGACAUGCCCCUAGUGUAUUUCUCUUGGGUUCACCCCUAUGUCCUUGCAUAAGAAGUCAACCUUUCCCUGUGUCAGGUUGGGAAAGCUGGAAGCGGGGAUGGGGAGGUGUUGCCAGAGGAACUGAGUACCUUGUAGGAUGAAGAAAUUGGGUCUGAAGGAAAUGUUCUGGCCCGAUGGUAUCUGAAGCUGGCCCAGGGUGGCCGUUUCAAUGGGAAACAAUAUAUGAAUUGCUACCAUCAUACGCUUGAGGGCUAUCGGCUGAAGCCUAAAAUCCUGAGGAAAGAGCUUCUCCUUCCCCGUUAUUCCCAAGAAGCUGAUUCCUGCUUCUCUCCUGACUCCCCCAGGCCCUACUUCAGAAGCUGCAAUGUUGGGAAAGCAUUAUCUGGGGAGCAUCUCUUCUAUUCUCAGUGAAAUGAGUUGGUUGUAGAACUAAGGGAUGGCAGUGAAGCCAGUUGGGUGGGAAGGAAUUCUAGAGAACACUAGUCCCCUGGCCAGGCUGCAUCAGACAUAAAGCCCCUGCAUGACUCUCCUGUAGUGGGGGGUGGGGGUUUCCCCAGAACCUUCGUAUUCUUGCCCUGCCCUGAUUUGUCAACUUCUGUGUGCCUUAAUCUCUCACUUUUAGGAAUGUGUCCCCAGGGUCUUCCUCCCCGCCAGCCUUCCCCCUCCCUUCCCCUUACCUCAAGGCAGAUGCAGAAGACACUUCUCUCCCCUUUGGGUCUGAGUUGCCUUUGUAGUUUUCCAGGCGGCCUCAGAUGGGCCCGAAGAGUCACACUGAUAAGCCUCCCCAUGCCAGGGGCCUAUCAGAAGAAUUAUAUUUUAUCUUUCUUAAAGGAAAGCCAAAGACCCUGCUUGAACUUUGCUGUUGCUUUUUUUUAAAAGCUUAAUAAUAAACCCCUUAGCUCUGCUUCCUUUACAUAAACAAUGGCUUGCCUCAGGUUCAGGGGGCCCGUUUUUUGCCCGAUUCCCUCCACCUGCUCUUUGUACCCCCUUCACCGUGUUUGCUUCUCCUGGGCGCUUCUUUACAGGACCUCAGGACAUCCCUCGUUUGUCCCACAACUGCCCCUAGUCCUGUUCUCCCCUCAAGAGAAGUGCCAUGGUCCCACCCUGGGAAGGUUUACUAGGGAAUCUUUUGGUCUCUGACUUGUUUCUGUUUUGAAAAGUGAAGUAGGAAAUUUUUCAUGCUAAUUUAUUUUUUUUUCUGAAAUAAAGGUUUGUCUUUUUUUUUU